ACAGUUAAGUGCAAGUGCAGCUUGAAGUCUAGAAUCAGGAUCAGGCCUCUUCAGAAAGCUGAACAAGACGUCUGGGGCCACGCAACCCUCCACCUUUUUGGACUCACGUCCUCGGCCUUUGGGACUAACCAGGGAAGCUCACUUUAGUGGCAGCCAAGGCGAGGGGCCGGCCUUGCCAAGACUAAAGAGGGAGGAGGGGAAAAAAAGCAAGAAUCCCCCACCCCCUCCGGGCGGAGGGGGCGGGAGGAGCGCGUCCCGGCCGGGCCCAGCAGUGUCUUCCACUCUGUGCAUCUCUUCGGGAGCGACGCGGGAAGGAUGCUGGGCCGCAGGAGCGCGCGCGCGGGGCCCGGGAUGCCGCGGGGCUGGACCGCGCUCUGCUUGCUGAGUUUGCUGCCCUCUGGGUUCACAAAUAUGGAGAACAUGACUAUUGUUACCCCAGAAUCACCCUCCACGAGUAUGUCUCCUGAAAGUGUUUCAACAAGUGUACCCAAGCAGGAAAACAUAACACAAAGCAUCCACGGAAAUAACAGUUUCCAUCCUGACGUUCAGAACAGCAGUGAGACCACAUCAGUCAUCUCAGAGGCUACGGACAGCUGGACAUCUACUUCUAGGGUCACCCGAGUCCCCGAAACCACAAACUCUUCUGUCCAGCCACAGACCUCUGUAGCCACCACAGUGUUCACCACCCCAGAAAAUGUGUCGACUUCAGAGAUGACCUUGAAGCCACCUGUAAAUGUUUCAGAUUACUCACCCAAUAGCACCAGCUCUGUGAUAACAUCACCCACGGAACCCUAUACACUAUCUUCUCCUACCCCAAGCAUCAUCAAGGGAGAAAUCAAAUGUUCAGGAAUUAGAGAAGUGAGAUUGACUCAGGGCAUCUGCCUGGAGCUAAAUGAGACGUCUAGCUGCGAGGACUUUAAGAAGGAUAGAGGAGAGGACCUGAUUCAAAUACUGUGUGGGAAAGAGGAUGUUGAUUCUGGGACUGGCAUGUGCUCCUUGCUUCUCGCCCAGUCUGAAGUUAAACCUCAGUGCCUACUGCUGGUCUUGGCCAAUGGAACAGAACUUCCCAGCAAACUCCGGCUUAUGGAGAAACACCAGUCUAAGCUGAGAAAGCUGGGGAUCCAAAGUUUCAUGAAACAAGAUCUUGGAAACCACCAGAGUUAUUCCAGAAAGACCCUGAUUGCACUAGUCACCUCAGGAAUCCUGCUGGCCAUCUUGGGCACUACUGGCUAUUUCCUGAUGAACCGUCGCAGUUGGAGCCCCACAGGAGAAAGGCUGGGCGAAGACCCUUAUUACACGGAGAACGGUGGAGGCCAGGGCUAUAGCUCAGGACCUGGGUCCUCCUCUGAGGCUCAGGGAAAGGCCAGUGUGAAUCGAGGGGCUCAGGAGAACGGGACCGGCCAGGCCUCCUCCAGAAACGGCCAUUCAGCAAGACAACACGUGGUGGCUGAUACUGAACUGUGACUUGGCUGGGUGGGGCAAGACUGGGCAGUGUCCAGGAAAAAGUGGCCCCUCUCUGCCUCUUGACCACAUAUUGCCUCCGUGCUGGAGGCAACAUCUCUCAUGUCCUACCCUUCCCCUCUGUGUGCACCCCAGAGGCCGUUCGGGGGGACCCUCCACUUUCCAGGUGCCCUUUAUACAUUCAGCUCUCUGA